AUGGAUCCGGACUGCGCCAUAUGUCAUGCUCCAGCAACUGCUGCGUGUGACUGUGAGGCAAAGGGCCUCGAAACAGCCAUCCGGCAGGCCGAGGCCCGCAUGAUGCAGUCUAUAUACAGUGAUAUCCGUUCAUGGGUCAGAGCACAUGCACAAGAUUACAUCCUUGAGUACUUCCGCUUGCUCACCGAUCGGCGGAAACAAGCUCACACCGCUCACCUGGACCGGAUCACCAGUCACGCGUAUCACUUCUACCACGCACCGCCACAUCCCAACGAGAUUGCUGCGGCGCAGGCAGCCCUGAAGCGUGGCAUCGAUGAGGACUGGCAGGCUUCAGUGCAGAGGUACCCGGAGGUUCUAGAAUACUUCUACAGCCUUGUCGAACUUACGCUUCCCCCGGAUGAUGACCCGGCCGUCCGGGACCCUCCCCUCUCAGCCCUCAAUGGAAGUCGAAAGGCCAGCCGGAGAUCAGGAGGAUUCGCACCGACCGUAGCGUCCGGUCCAAGCAUGGACAUGGGAAGAAGGACUCCCCCGCCAAUCGCAGGCCCGGCACGAGUCGACCGGCGAACACCCGGGCCGACCGGAAGAGAGCAGCGGCAUUCGGCAUCGUACGGUCGCCCUGUGCCCGCACCGGGUUAUUACGGCGCCCCGGCGUAUUACGGAUGA